AGCCUUCAAGCUUGCCAUGUCGACACCAGAUUUCGUUUUGAUUUUUUGUCGAUGAUCUGGUGGCAUGCGCCGUGGUAUGUUGUAGCGAUGAGACGAGAUACGGAGGCUGAACGAUUCCAUAAGAGUGACAAGGCGCAUCGAGGAAAUGCUCUCUUGUACGCACGAGAUGCCAGGGCGCGCCCGAGACUUCCUCGCCGUCCGAAGGGCCAUAUCUCGCUCUCUCCAGUCUUCCAAGUCUCUGCGACUGGUCAUCGUUGCAUACACGCACGGCUGUGCGCUUUGCGAGGUGUUUUGCAACGGGAACGGGAGCGCAAACUUGGCGCAGUCGACGUCUUCUGUGGGCGCAGCCUCCCACUGCGUUGAGAAGAUGGCGCGAAGACAGAAUGGGUUCAUCGACAUAGAGAACGUGUGCGAGCGGUGUUGCAUUGUCACGUUUGAAAAGCACGGUACGAGGCGCACCGAUGACGCCGAGGGACACGGCGUCGUGCUCAGAAGAGCGCGCUCCGAUGACAGCGACCUUCUCGCCGAUGUGGGGCGCGCUGCAGAACGGAAAGUCCAAUCGCGCCGGCAAAGUCAUCCCCGCAAAUGCCGCACGUUCGAACAGCCGGCCCGCUGCAACGAUGGCACGCUCCGCAGAUAGGAACGCGCUGCGAGCAUUCAGACUUCUGGAGGGUGACGUUCCACUUCUGCGUGUCGCUGGCAUGGUGUAUGGGCGUGGCAGCGGUUGAGGUCUGGAAGUUGAUUUCGAGCGCAUCGGUAUAAAGCUCGAACCAGUCUGCAAGCUGCGACGCGGACUGCGAUGACGUAGCGGGAUGCGGCGCACCCGUUUACGUUGGCUCAUGCAAACUUAGCUUCUCGCGCCCCUCCCCCUAACGAUCGCCCACCCGUCAUCCACCCGCACCACGGGACUCAACACGUUCAGCGUGUUCAGCCGCGUCGCGACCGCCGUUUGUGUCUCGAGAGGCGAGUUCUCCCCGUGCAAUAGGUGGUGUUGAGGCCGAGGGAGUUGAUGGCGUCCAUGGCGCACUGAGGAGUUGGGCCGGCAGGUCCCAGCAGGAAGAGCAGAGUGGACAAGCUAUAUGAGUGUGUACCGCAGGUGGUUGCUCUCAUGAGAUUGAGGUUAUGAGGCGGAGG